UUUCUGCCCUGCUCUUCUCCCUGGUCUCCACAGGCACCGGGGGGGAUUUCUCUGGCCAGGAAGAUCUGUUAUGCUGUUGGUGGGGUCCCAUAUCAGAUGACCGCACUAAGUAUAGGAAUUUCCCUGCAGAUUUUCCUCCUGGAUAUUGUGCAGAUGGAGGCCUUCUAUGUUUCCAUGAUUUUAUUUCUAAGUCAGGCCUGGGACGCUGUGACUGACCCUGUGGUUGGAUAUCUGGUGAGCCGCAGUAAAUGGACACGUAUCGGCAAACUCACUCCAUGGCUGGUUCUCUCCACUCCAUUUGGCGUCCUGUCCUAUCUGCUGCUGUGGUUUGAACCACACCACAUAUCGCAGCCUCUCAGAGUGCUGUGGUUCCUCGCAGCAUCCUGCCUGUUCGAGACCCUCAUGAGUUGCUACAACAUCCCCUACCUCUCGCUCAACAUGUUCUUGGGCGGCGAUCAGAAAGACAGAGACUCGGCCACAGCCUACAGAAUGAGCGCGGAGUUGGUGUCGAUGCUGCUGGCCUCUGUAAUCCAGGGUCAAGUUAUGGCUUUGUACAACACAGAGAGGCAGGAGUCUUGUCAACCGCUGGACCCGGUCCAUGAAACACCUGAAAGCACAUCACCACCACAAACGGCAUCACUUCAGGAAACAAAAAAGGCGUUCCUGAUCUCAGCUCUGGUCAUGGGCGCUUUGUUUUUCCUCUGCAGCCUGGUUGUCUUCCUCGGGGUAAAGGAGCAGCAGGGCCCUCUCUGCUCUGAUGACAAAGUACAACCCCCCUAUCUGAUCUCACUCAAGAUGCUGAUAUGCCACAUUCCUUACCAACGACUGGUGCUUGGCUUCAUAUUUGCUGGUUUUGCAUUUCAGAUGUCCUGGAGUAAUUUGGCACUUUACUGCAGUCAUGUAGCUGGGCUGGGAGCCCAGCUCCAGUACCUCCUUCUGAUUUCUGCCUCAGUAGCAGUUCCUCUGUGGCAGGCAGUUCUUCUGAGAUUAGGAAAAAAGGUCACAAUUUUCAUCGGACUAUCGCUCUACAUCCCAGCAGUGAUCAUAGUUGCCUGCGUUCCUAGUAACCUGCCAGUCCUCUUGCUUAUGGGCAUUUUGAUGGGAUUCAGCAUGGCGACUGUAUUCUUUCUACCCUGGUCUAUGCUCCCAGAUGCGGUGGACGACUUUGCCAUGAGACAUCCCUCCUGCAAGGACCUGGAGCCUCUGUUUUUCUCCUGUUAUGCCUUCUGCAGGAAGCUGGCAGGAGGCCUGUCUGUAGGAAUCUCAACCAUGAUAUUACACUUCGUGGGCUACCGAGCGGGUGCGUGUAGCCAUGGUGACGGAGUGGUGACGACUCUGAUUGUGCUGUUCUCACCAGCUCCCAUCGCACUUCUGCUGAUAGGGAUGGCCUUUUUUUGCUGCUACCCAAUCAAUGAGAGGCAAAGUUUGCAGCUCCAGGAACAACUGACCCCAGUCAACCCAGAAGCUUCAUCAUCAUCAUCUUCAUCAGAACCAGGAGAAAACACUGAGAAGCCAACAGUUCUGCAGUCAUCCCAGGCUGCUGUGACAUCUACAUCACAUUAUACCACAUUGCACAAGUCAAAUUCAGCACCCUCAUGCUGUUACAGUCGUGAUAAAAGAUGCUCAGUGAACUUGUCUGCCCUUUCAGAUGUACCCAAGAGCCUGUCUGUGAAAUACAGCAGACCUAAAUCAGUUGUCCAGUUAAAUGUAAAUCCUCAGUGGCAGAAACAGAGACUCAGCCAUCACCAGCCUUCAGGAGAAGCUGGACUGAGCAGAAAUGUCCUUGAGAACAAUCCUAGGUCUUUGUCUAGCAGGACGAAUGUGAAAUCCAAAUUGUCCUGGGUAUAGUCACAUAGCUUAAAGCAGUAGUUUGACAUUUUGGGAAAAUAUUUUCUUAUCCACUUUGUUGAUGAGAGUUUGAUGAUCAGGAUUGACACUCAUCUUGUGUCUGUGCGCUAAAUGUGAAGCUACAGCCAGCAGCUAGUUAGCUUAGCUUAGCAUAAAGCCCGGAAACAAAGGGAAACAGCUACCCUGCCUCUGUUAAAUGUUUACAAAAAAGAUUCACCUACUUGUUCCUUUAAUUAACAUGUUAUAUUGAAUCAGUUUAAUCUGAACACACGCAGAAAUUCAAAAAUGACAAAUUAGAGUUUUGUGGGGAAAGGUGGACCUCAGGGAAAUUUUUUUUUUAUUAUAAAAAUAAAAUGAGAUAAGGAAAUAGGCCAUUACUUUUACUGUUGAUUUAACUACUUUUAUAACUUUAUCAUCAAUUCAAUUCAAUUUUAUUUAUAUAGCACCAAAUCACAACAGAAGUUAUUUCAAGGCACUUCAUAUCUGAUUCAUAUAGAUCAGGUCUAGACUAGACUCUUUGUACUCUUUAUAUGAGACCCAACAAUUCACACCAUGAGCAGCAUCAAGCGACACUGGCAGAAACCUCGAGCAGAACCAGACUCAGGGUGGGCAGCCAUCUGCCUUGACUGCUUGAGUUAUCAUCAAUCUUUAAUAAAGACAUUUGCAACCAAGAUUACAAUUUUGACAUUAGAAAGAUGUGGAAGUUUGAUCCAGUGAUUAGUAGAUGUUUGUGGUGAUUUUGUGUUUGUCAGUGAAGUAACCAUACAGUUACUGCUAUGACUGCUGCCCUGUUCCUGUUCACUUUAGCCAUCCGACCCCUGUCUCUCUGUCAUUUUCCACCCAGCCACCAGAUGUCCCCAGACUUUCCCUCUCGUCCUCACUCACCUGUCUGACCAACCCAUUCACACACCUGUUCUCACCUCCCCAAUCAGCCCUGACCUGUUUAUUCCAGCCCUCUUGUCCCCAGUCUUUGCCAGAUUGUGUUUCCUGUUCCCUGCUCACUUGGAUUCCUGUGUUCUCCAUCCAUCUUACUGUAAGCCUGCUUUUUUCCCCACUUAGUUAAAGAUACUUCACUGCAUCUGCCCUUUUUGAAUCUGGUAAAUUAGAUUUCUUUCUUUAAAAGACCACUAACAGCACCUCUGUUUGUGAUCGGAUUAAACAAACAACCUAUAACCUGAUAGUAGUUAAAAAUCCAGUGUUUAUGCUGAAGCCAAUCACCUUCUGGCUGUAGUCUCAUAUUUAGUGUAUCGACGUGGGUGGUAUUGAUCUUCUCAAAGACUUUGGUGUCAAAAUACUGAAGCACUUUUAAGAUCACUGUUAUUCACACCUUUUUGUGAAAUCUGGAUUGAAAGGAAAACUGCUUUAUCCUAUAAAUCAGAAACUUUCUCUGUGUACAGUACAUUCUAACUGCAAAUUUCAACUAUCUUCAUCUGGAUGGAUAUUUUCUGUUACAGACCAUUUCAGUAAGUCCAAAUCACUUAUUUGGGAUAGAUAAAGUGUAGGAUCCUGCCCCUGUUCAGCUGAAUCUAAAAAUGACCAGCUGUGUAAGAGUACUUAUCCUAAGUACUUGUCCAGUAUUGAGGAUUAUACUUUUUAAUACUUUAUAUUUUAAUACUUAUCGGUUGAGAAACACAACAUUUUAGGAAAUAUGGUGAAGAGUACAUGAGUAUUUUGAGGAUGUUUUUUGAAUUAACUCACAUAUAUCUUGUUCUCUUUCACUUCGCUCUGUUUCUGAUUGUGUCUUAUUCUGUGUACAAUGUUUGUUUUGGAAAGGAGGUUUUUGCUUUUGCUGUGAUUUGUGAUUGCCUGACUUUUGUAUAUAUUUAUAAGUAGCCUACUCUUGUUAGUGUUUGCCCCAUGUUUCCAUGCUUAUAUUCACACUCCUGCAAAA